AUGCCCCCCAAUGCAGCGGCGCUACCAUCUCCACCAGAUAUACCACCGUGGAAGGACAGGCGUCCUUACUCGGUGGGGGGUAACAUGUAUUCCAACAGCCCAGUCGCCGGACUGAACUCUUAUCAAAACGAUUCUAUACCGAGACGACCCCGAUACCCUAACAUAAAAGACCUUCAAGACCAGGCCAUUUUAUCGGACGUAAAUGAGAAUACCUCGCUCGAUAAUCUCCUUCAGACUGCCUCUGAGGCUAUCGAGCGAGCCAAACGCCUUGCAGACGAUGAGAAGUCGGACAAGGCCUAUGUACAAUUCCUCCGAGCUUCGGAGAUCACCAUCAACGUCAUCCCCCACCACCCGGACUACAAGGCGACGAUCACCCAGAGACCUGGGUGGUACAAGGAGUUUGCAGCUUUGAUUAUGGCCGUGCGAAUGAAACAAGGAACUAUGGACUCUAUCAAGCAGGCUAUCAUCGAAGACAAUCUCCAAAGUAACAUACAGCCAAUGGGUACAUAUGCGCCAGCGUCUCCUGAACAUGACUCUCUUGCGCCCCGAGGUCGUGAGAAUCGCGAGUCGCCAACCGCCGCGGCCAUGAGGAUGCCGAGUCCAACGCAGUUUCAGCGAGUACCAGAUCUAAACGCGAACCCCAAGCGAUACUCUAGUCCGGCCGAUGACAUAUUGGCGCAACGUUUUGCAAAGCUCAAGUUUUCUCCACCGCGUGAUACCAAUCCGACCACCCGGCCUUAUUCCACGAGCCCUGCAGGACAGGCUUCCACAUAUACAUCUAACACGGCACAAACCAAUAACGGAACUUCUUACACUUCACCCCCUAGGCGCCCAUUGGGGCCUCGUACUAUGGGAUCAGCAUCCUCGGUUCCCACUCUCCCUCCCAAGCUACCUUUAACGACAUCUCUUCCCCGUGCUCCCGAUCCGGCGUACAGUCCAAUAUACACAGUGCCCACGCAAACUCCACCGAAUCCCCCAAGAACAUCCGCCGAGAGUGCGCGACCUAUCACUCAAAGGUAUUCUCACUUCACAAAUUCGCCCCGCGGCAGCCCGAGUCGUGGCCCCAAUGACAACCCUUACCGGUCACUUACCCCGAAUGGUGGCAUUUCUGCGCGAGAGACCCGGAGUAGCUCGCCUGAACUACCUUACGAAUCUGCGAUCUCAGCCCAGAACCUUCUUGACUAUUUGCGACGAUUUAACAUACUUCUGGUGGAUGUUCGUUCUCGGGACCAGUAUGACAUUGGCCACAUCUAUGCAAAGUCGAUCAUCUGUAUCGAACCGGUGGCUUUGAAAGAGAAUGUGUCCGCAGAGGAACUUGAAGAGCGGCUUGUCGUGUCUCCUGAACAUGAGCAAGCUCUAUUUGAGCGGCGAAACGAGUUCGACCUUAUUGUUUAUUAUGACCAAAGUACAUCGUCGGUCAGCUAUCUCGCGGGCUCGCCUGUAGGGACAUCAGCGCCUCAUUUGAGAGCACUCCAUGAUACUCUUUAUGAAUUCAAUGAGUAUAAACCGCUGAAGGGAGGACGUCCGCCUGCACUACUCCUUGGUGGAUUGGAUGCAUGGGUUGAUUUAAUUGGACAACAGUCUCUCGCAACAUCAUCUACUGCAGCUGUUAUGAGCUCUCUCCAGACCAGGAAGCCUGUGCCCAAACCGGGCCGCCCAUUAGGCCGGGUGCCUACCAUAGCCAGUGCUAAUUCGAGUUUGGAGGUGCGCAAGCGGCGACUUCGAGGGUUCACUCCUCUCAAUUCCGAGGAACUGAAGGCGUGGUUAGAAAAGUCCAAGAAUGAAGAGAUUGAUACUAGCACAUAUCUGGAGGGUGAGGAAUUUACUGAGGAACCCCAAGAGGACCUGGAGCAACCCACGUCCCCCUUUGUUCAUAAUUAUGAAGACUUCCUCCGCCGCUUCCCUGAGCCGCACCAUGUUCAGCAAUCCAUGAUACAUGCAGAGUCGCGACCGGUCAUCUCGCCUGUUCCCAACUAUGCAGCCGCUGCGCCCAUUCCUGUCGCUCCAUUACGGCCCCCUCCAGCUGUCCCUCGACCUAUUUACAGCGGCGUCUCGGAUGGACGGCACAUCCAACCCCAUCUAGAACGGCAAAACUCCGCCACUAGGACGGCAUUAUACAUGUCCAGCUCGAUCAAUCGACUAAAGCUUCCGCGAACUGGGUUGACUAAUUUCGGCGUCACCUGUUACAUGAAUUCCACCCUCCAGUGUCUCAGUGCCACGGUAAUGAUGAGCAAGUUCUUCAUUGACGAUCGGUUCCGUUACUAUGUACAAAAGAAUUGGAAAGGGUCUCAAGGGGUGAUGCCUGGGCUCUUUGCCAAUCUCAUCCGAUCUCUGUGGAAGAAUGAUGUAGAGGUGAUCAUGCCAUCCUCAUUCCGGAACUUCUGCGGUCGAUUGAACCGAGAAUGGGCGAUUGAUCGACAGCAAGAUGCAAAGGAGUUCUUUGACUUUCUGGUGGAUUGCCUCCAUGAAGACUUGAAUAUCAACUGGCAGCGCAAUCCACUCCGACCACUGACCUUUUCUGAGGAAAUGCAGCGGGAGCGGAUGCCUGUCCCUAAAGUAUCCAAGAUUGAGUGGGAUCGCUAUUGUCAUCGGGAAGAGUCAUUCAUUUCGUCACUUUUUGCUGGACAACAUGCCAGUCGUCUUCGUUGCACGACUUGUCACCAGACCUCCACCACCUACGAAGCUUUCUACAGCAUCAGUGUGGAGAUCCCUCCAACUGGGACCGGUGAUAUUUAUCAAUGUCUUCGGAGUUACUGUAAGGAAGAAAUGCUUAGUGGAGAUGAAGUUUGGAAGUGCCCGCAUUGCAAAUGUAAGCGCAUGGCUACCAAACAGAUCAUCAUGACCCGGGCGCCACAAAUCUUAGUGGUACACUUCAAGCGCUUCUCUGCAUCGAAGACCCAAAGUGCGCGGAAGAUCCACACCCCAAUCGAAUUUCCUCUUCACGGUUUACGGAUGGACGACUUUGUGAUCUCUUAUCCGAAUCCCUCUCAGACACCGGAUGUUUCGGCGGUGCCGAACACCGGUGCUACUGUGCCGCCAUUUACUUAUGACGCCUUUGCUGUGCUUCGGCAUAUUGGUUCCUCCAUGGGUAGUGGACAUUACAUUUCACUUGUUCGUGAUGCUGAACGACAAUGCUGGCGACGAUUUGACGAUGAGCGAGCGAGUGAUUUCAACCCCCGUGACCUUCGAGGUCGUGAUCGGUUACAGAAUGAGCAGGCCUACAUUGUGUUUUACGAGCGAGUUCCAGCGAAAUGA